AUGCCGAGUGUUCCGGGAUACCACAAUCAGCAGUCUGACCACCACAUGGCCGCAGAGACAGAGCCAAUUGCCAUUAUCGGCAUGAGUUUCAAGUUUCCAAAAGACAUAGAGUCCUCCGAUGCUUUUCUAAAGGCUCUACUGGUCGGAGAGAACCUGGCCACAGAAUACCCCGAGGACCGUCUCAAUAUAGACAGUUUCUGGCAUCCUUCAGGGAAACGGAAUACCAUUGCCGCAAGGAAAGCACACUUUCUAGGCUCAGACAUCCGCAACUUUGAUGCUGGCUUCUUCGCUAUGGCCCCUCACGAGGUCAUCGCCAUGGACCCACAACAGCGAGCAUUGAUGGAGGCCACUUACCAUGCUAUAGAGAAUGCUGGGCUUUCUCUGAAAGACGUCAGUGGGACAAAAACGUCAGUCCAUGUGGGCUCAUUCGCCCACGACUUCGCUCAAAUGCAGUCACGUGACACACAGAGCAUGCCCAAAUACAACGCAAUUGGUACUGCUAGCUCUAUCCUAGCAAACAGGAUUAGUUAUUUCUUCAAUCUAAAAGGGGAAAGCAUCUUCGUGGACACCGCUUGUUCAAGUAGUCUGGUUGCCACGGCUCUAGGUUGCCAGGCCAUCUACUCUGGCUCGGAUAUGGCCAUCGUUGCAGCCGCCAACAUCAUUCUUGGACCUGAAUUUGGGAUUUCUUUGAGUAAUCUCAACUUCCUCUCUCCAAGUGGGACUUCUCGAAGCUUUGAUGCAAAAGGCGAUGGGUACGGGCGCGGUGAAGGUUUCGCUUCACUACUUCUCAAGCCAGUUUCCAAAGCAAUCAGGGACGGCAACCCGGUUCGCGCAGUCAUCAGGUCGAUCGGCAUGAAUCAAGACGGCUUCACCCCCGGAGGUCUUACCCAGCCAAGCAAAGACAUGCAGUUGCAACUUAUUAGAGAAACAUACAAGAAGGCUGAAUUAGACAUGGCAUACACCCGCUUUUUCGAAAGUCACGGUACUGGCACGUUCAUUGGAGAUCCGAUUGAAGCCUCAGCAAUUGGUGAAGCGUUCCAAGAAUACCGCUCCGCCUCGUCGCCAAUGUACGUCGGCGCGCUGAAGUCAAUGAUUGGCCAUCUGGAAGGUGCAAGCGGGCUUGCAGCAAUUGUCAAGACUGUCAUUUGCUUAGAAGAGGGCAUCAUACCCCCAAAUGCUAACUUCGAUGAGCUUAAUCCGCGAAUCGAUGCGGUUGGAUUGAAGCUCCAUUUUCCCACGCAAAGUAUACCUUGGCCCAAGGAUGAGACUCGAAGGGCCUCGGUGAAUUCGUUUGGAUUUGGUGGAACAAAUGUACACGUUGUUCUAGACUCUGCCAUGGACUAUCUCCAAGCCGCUGGGUAUAACUAUGGAUCCAAGACUCUCCGCCUCAGUUGCAUGGUGAAGUCAAAUGGUAUCGCGUCGGUUGACGGCCAUAGAGACAAAGUUGCAAAUAGUGGCGAUUUGGUACCCGUGAACGUGGCUCCUAGCUGCACCUCUAGAAUUCUAGCUAUAUGUUCAUCAGACGAAGAAGGAGUCGCACGAAUCACCCAGUCGAUAUCUGCAUACCUUUCGCAUCGCCGAACCCAUCUCAACGCUGAAGCCCUGGAGGAUGUUCUGUACACUCUUAACUUACGGCAGCUCCCACAAUCAUGGCGUGCAUACUCCAUAAUUGAAUCUAGCCAAGAUUUGAUUGAGCUCGGUAGUAGAUCACUCACCUCCCGGCGCUCUAUAAAUAUUUCAACUCCUCGGUUAGGCUUCGUAUUCACCGGUCAGGGUGCACAGUACCCAAAUAUGGCGCUCGAGAUUUUGACAUGGCCGAAAGUGAUAGAAAGCCUGGCCCGUUCUCAGAGCUUCCUUGAAGAUCUUGGCUGUCGAUGGAACAUCAUGGAAGAGCUCUCUGCUUCUCCCGCGCAAAGCCGUAUCAACAAGCCUGAGUUCAGCCAGACUUUGACUACGAUUGUCCAGAUAGCGCUGAUUGAAGUGACCCGAGUUUGUCACAUUCAGCCGCAGGUUGUCGUCGGCCAUUCUUCAGGAGAGAUUGCUGCUGCUUACUGUGCCGGAUACCUUUCUCAUGAGUCUGCGGUCAGGGUCGCCUACUUCAGAGGAGUUCUGGCCGACAGGGUCUCGUGUAGCUCAUCUGAGAAACAAGGCAUGAUCGCUGUUCAAAUUUCAAGCAACGCGGUUACUGAAGAAUUAACGAAGUUCAGUGAGACUUCGAUAGACUUCUUUGACACAUCCAAAAUUACAAUCAGUUGCAUCAAUAGCCCCAACAAUGUCACACUAUCGGGUCCCAGUGUGCAGCUGGAUCAACUACUUAGCCACUUUUCGAAAAACGGCAGAUUUACACGGAGGUUGAACGUAGAUCUAGCCUACCAUUCGCCACAAAUGGAAAAGAUAUCUCACGAAUAUGCUUCGCAUCUGAUAAAUCUGACUCCCGACACCAAUUUUGGCUUGACUAUGAUGGUUUCCUCCGUCACCGCGCAUCCAAUAAAGCCGCAAGAUGUUUGCACACCUAUGUAUUGGGUGAAGAACAUGAUCUCACCAGUCAAGUUUGAACAAGCAGUUAGGCUCGCGGCUACUCUCGACUGCAGCUCAUCGGUUGCUCCUAAGUCAGAUUCUACUGGAAAGAUAUUCACAGGCAACUGGCUGGAGGUAGGACCUCACUCGGCGCUCCGGGGUCCGAUCCGCGAGGUAUUCGAGAGUAACGACGCGACAGACUUCUUUUACGCCCCUCUCCUGGCGAGAAAUGUGGCCGCAGAUAAAACCCUCUUGGAGGCUGCGGGUGAGCUUUACUGUCGGGACAUUCAGAUUGACCUACAAGCAAUCAACUCCUUGAGCACUUCUCCAACACGAGUCCCAAGGUUUGCCCUGGACCUUCCGCCCUACCCGUUCAAUCAUUCUGUGAUACACUGGCAAGAAUCAAGCAGGUCCCGGUCUUAUCGCUUUAGACCUUUUGGUCAUAACGCUCUCCUUGGUGAGCCAAGUCUCGAUUGGAAUGAGAAUAAUGCAUUAUGGAGACUUCAAAUUAAAGAAGAAACGAUGCCAUGGAUAGCUGAACACCAAAUCGAUGGUCAAAUAUGGUACCCAGCUGCGGGCAUGAUCGCUUUAGCAAUCGAGGCUAUCAAUCAGUUAAUGUCUAAGCAAAAGCCAUGUCCUGUAGGUUUCGAGAUACAUGACAUCCGUUUUCUCGCUCCAAUAGUCCUUAAUUCAUCUUCGGCCAGCUUGGAUCUCCAGACAAGCCUUGUAGCUGUCGCAGGAGCCGGGACCAAGGACGCUCAAUAUAAGUUCAAUAUCUACUCGAGACUUCCCGACGCGAUCUGGCAGAUAGCUUGCGACGGACUUAUCCGUGCCGACUUCGCCCAUCGCGACACGCAAUUCACCAUGAAAGAGAUGAUGUACACCAGGCAAAGGACCGAAGAGGAGCUGCAGAUCGCUUUGAAGGCCUGUCGUAGAAGUAUUGACACUCAAGACAUGUAUCAAAAGAUUCACGAGAGUACAGCGCUCCAGUAUGGUCCUGUGUUCCAACCUUUGUCGGAUAUUCACUACAAUAUGGAUGGCAGAGCGAUAGCUUCCAUUCUACCGCACGCAGACCUGACUGAAUCUCCGGCUACAUAUGUAAUUCAUCCAGCCACGCUUGAUGGCAUAUUUCAGCUUACCAUUCCAGCCUUGAGUAGAGGACUUACAGUCGGGUUACCCACACUCGUACCGUCACGGAUUUCUCGAAUAUGGAUCUCUAGACAAGGGGCAGGGAAAGAAUCAUGUGCGCAAGAGAUAGCACACAGUCAAGCAAGGUUCUUGAGCAAGGUCUGCGCGGAGAGCUCCACGGUAGUAUACUCGUGCUCGGCGAAUGAAGUUAGAGUCGAAAUUGACCAGCUCGAGGUAACGCAAGUCGCCUCUGAUGAAAAAGACACGCAAACUGAGGCGGGUCCCCAACCACUAUGCUAUGGAAUAUUCUGGAAACCAGAUAUAGCUCUGCUCGACAAUACCGGGAUACAUAACUAUUGCUCACAUAAUGUUGGUUUCGAGCAGGAACCUGAAAAAUUCUUUGAUGAUAUUCGACUCAUGAUAUCCUGCUUCGCUGCCAAGGCGCUAGAGACAAUAAAGUCUGAAAGACGGCGAAUUCAUCCUUCUUUGACUCGAUACGCUACUUGGCUACAAGCCCGCGUUGAUCACUACUCGCAUUUAGGCCGCCUUCCUGAUCCUGAUGCUCUGAUGAGCAAAACAACACUCGACGACGGGUCAGGUUCUAGGAAAACGACGGAUAUACUAGUCGGGGAUUUAGAUCCUCUGAGUCUCUUGUUUAAGGAUGACCAUUUUGUGGCUUCCUUUUACGAAGAAUUGAACAACCAAGGAAGAGCCUACAAGCUAUUAGACAGCUACCUAGACAUCCUGGUACAUAAGAGCCCGAACUUGACCUUUCUUGAGAUUGGAGCUGGAGCUGGAGCCUCCACCAGUCUGAUAUUGGACAUCCUCGCGUCUAGCGAACAUGGACCACGCUACUCGUCAUACACGUUUACCGAUAUAUCAGGAUUUUUCUUUCAAAAAGCGAAAGACCGUUUCGCGACACGCAGUGAUCGUUUGAAGUAUCAAGUACUCGAUAUUGAACAAAAUCCGGCGAGUCAAGGGUUCGAAGAGCUGUACGAUGUUGUAGUCGCUGCCAAUGGUCUUCACGCCACUCGCGAUUUGGACCAGACGUUACAGAACGUCAAGAGCUUACUAAAGCCCGGGGGAAAACUCAUAAUUAUGGAGAUGACUACACCAAAUAAGAUCGAGACCGGGUUCGUCUUCGGCACUUUGCCAGGUUGGUGGCUAGGAGCAAACGGAUCACGAAAAUCCAGUGCAAUCAUCGACGAGGACCAAUGGGAUUUACUUCUGAAGAAGAAUGGAUUUUCUGGAUUGGAACAGGUCUACCAAGAUUGGGAGUCACCGCAGUGCCAUUUAUAUAGCAUCAUGAUCUCGUCGCCCGAAACCCUCAUCUCACCCAAUACAGCACUCCCGCCGUUCCACUCAACCACUAUACUCUUAAGCAAAAGCGCGAUGAUCGAAGAACAAAUCGCCGAGAAAUUCAAGAGUAGUUCCUCCAAUCACGGAUCGUCCAGUGGGUCCGUAGCCACCGUUGCCUAUUAUGAAGACAUACUAGAAUUGGAGGAUCUCGCACACAGAGACUUCUUGAUAUUUGGUUCUCCAGGUCAGAAAUCGCUCUCGGACAUUGCACAGGGCGACUUCGAAGCAUUACAGAGAGUCCUUACCGGCUCUAAGAGUGUAAUCUGGACCGAGUCCUAUGAUGCUGGAGAAGACGCUCCACCUUACUGGGCCAUGAUUGAUGGCCUCGUCAGAACUUGCCGCUCGGAGGAUUUAAGCCGCCCCAUUGUCACGCUCUUACUUGAAACCAAUACGUGGGAAGCUCCUGCUUCGGCUGUCGAAAUUAUUCAGAAGGUACAGGUCGCAACUCACGCAGGGCUCAUUGACGGUUCGUACGAAGAAGAAUAUCGCGAAGUAUCAGGCCGCUUGUGUGUCAGCCGCUUAGCGCAGGCCAAAAAGGUAGAUGAGUACGUCUGGAACUCUUUGCGUAGAGUUGUACAGAUGCAAGAUUUCGAAUCGAGUCCGCCACUCCAAUUGAGUAUUCGUACCCCAGGACUUCUUGAUAGCCUUGAAUGGGUCGAAGAUGAAGUUGCAUACAAUGGGCUGAAGCCAAAUGAGAUAGAAGUGAAAGUCAAAGCUAUCGGCAUCAACUUCAAGGAGUGUUUGGUUCUCCUGGGACGUGUCAAUACCGAUAGGCUCGGCGGCGAGUGCUCUGGUCACGUACAUCGCAUUGGAAGUGCGGUACGGAAAUUUCAGGUAGGAGAUCGCGUGGCUACAGGGGCUCUGGAAACGUAUAAGACCUAUGUGAGGGUCGCUGAUUUCCAGGCUGUGAAACUCCCGGAUAAAAUGUCUUUCGUUGACGGUGCGGCGAUUCCAACGGCAUUUUACACUGCCUGGCACAGUCUAGUCAAGGUCGGCCGGCUACAAAAAGGCGAGACUGUCCUGAUUCAUGCCGCAGCAGGGGGGACCGGUCAGGCUGCAGUCCAAGUGGCCAAAUACAUUGGUGCUCAAAUUUUCGCCACUGUGAGCACUGAAGCCAAGAAAAAAGUGCUCAUCGAUCGCUACGGUCUGCAUGAAGACCACAUAUUUUCCAGCCGUGACGUUUCAUUUACCGAUGGGAUCCGAAGAAUUACAAAAAAUCGUGGUAUAGAUGUCAUCCUGAACUCUCUCUCUGGGAGGCUGCUUGUCGCCUCCUGGGAACUUAUCGCCCCAUUUGGACGUUUUGUCGAGAUUGGCAGAAAAGACGUUGACUCUCGUGGUUCUCUGCCAAUGUUUCCGUUUAUCCGCAAUGCAACCUUCUCAUGUGUCGAUCUAACUGCCAUUGUGCAGAACGAAAAUCUACACGAUGGCGAGAUUCUAGAAAAAGUCAUGGAGCUCAUUAGUUCGGGUGUACUGAUGCCUUCAUACCCUGUACAUCCAUUCCCGGUUGAGCAGGCGGAGCAGGCUUUCCGUCUUUUGCAAAGCGGACAGAGCACUGGCAAAAUUGUCUUAGAUAUCCCCGAGAACGCGCAGGUCUUGGUCAGAGCAAGUCCUGUUACUCCAUAUCGCCUACAUACAGAUGCAACUUAUGUAAUAUCCGGAGGCCUGGGCGGGAUCGGACGGCAAGUGGCACGUUGGCUGGUCCGACAUGGAGCUAAGCAUCUCUUGUUAUUAUCACGUUCUGGUAUCGGUCACAAUAGCGACAAGAAGCAGCUCGUGCAUGAGCUAGAGGAGAAGGGAGUAAACGUAAACUGCAUACCGUGUGACAUAACCGAUCUCGAGUCUGUUAGGACGAUAUUUGCCGAAGCUGCUGUAUCGCUACCACCCAUCCGGGGCUGCAUUCAAGCGGCAAUGAUUCUUAGUGAUCGCCCAUUUUCCACCAUGCAACUGGCAGAGUGGAAUGAAGGUGUAAGAACCAAGGUUUCGGGGUCAUGGAAUCUUCAUGCUACGCUGCCAUCCGGCAUAGAUUUCUUCGUCAUGCUUUCGUCCACGGCCGGGGUGAUUGGUAAUGCCAGUCAAAGCAAUUACGCAGCCGGUAAUACCUUUCAAGAUGAGCUAGCGCGACAUCGCGUGUCGAGAGGAGAGAAAGCAAUAGCAAUUGACCUCGGUAUGAUCAUAGGCGAAGGUAUCGUUGCCGAGAACAAGGAGAUCCAGAAGUUACUUUCACGACUCGAUAUUUUACGCGCACUCAAACAAGAGGAAGUCUUCGCCAUCCUCGACUAUUCCUGUCACCCUGUCCAUCAGCCAACGAGCGCCGCCAGAAGCCAGAUUGUGUGCGGACUGGAGAUCCCAGCAAACAUUCGUCGAAAGGGGCGAGAGCUUCCGCCCAAGCUAUCCAGAAGCCUUUUCCGCGCUUUCCAUCAAAUUAGAUCCGUAAAUGAAAAUGAAAAUGAAACAGUCAUGGCGGCUCAGGCUCAGGAUAUGACAGCUGUAUUGAGUGAAGCCUCGUCCAUUGAAGAAGCCGAGAUUUUAGUGGCGGAAUCUAUCAAAGCGAAAGUUUGUAAGAUUGUUGGGAUGAAGGAAGAGGAGAAGUCGAUCCAUGACACUAUGAGGUCUUUUGGCGUGGACUCGUUGAUCGCGCUGGAACUAAGAAAUUGGCUGGCACGGGAAUUGCGUGUAGAUAUGGCCAUUCACGAUAUAGUGGGUGACUUUAGGCUGGUGGAAGUCGGCGCAUUGGUGGCUAAGAAGGCGAUUUCUCUGAGUGAGCCUGUAUAGGACUACUGUCAUAGCUAUCACAGCCAUCUGACCAGAUUUCUCGACGUCCUGUUUCAUUAUCAGCUGGGCUCAACGGUGUUCAAGAAGGGUUCGGUGAAGUUGAGCAAGAUUAUGGGCAGACAGUCCAUCUAUUAUGACCUUAGACGGCCUGCUAAGUCAAGUAUUCCGCAACCAGUCAAACGUGGAUUUUAUACUUAGUUGGAGGCGGUGAUAAAAGUGCUUUAGAUCGAUCCAAAGUAAUUAAAGGGUUUAUCUUGACUCCUCCGUCCAGAGUUAGGUACGAAACAUGCUGCCUCCCCUUACCUCUUACCAACCACCGCCGUCUCCGCCAUCGUCGCCCCCAUAAUUGUCGUCGUGAUCAUACCUCGCAUCAUCGCCACCA